AUGGGGUUCAAAAACGAUUCACAAUUUUUCAAAAACCUUCCAGUUUCAGACAAAAUGAUUAUCUCAUCCGGUCCGAUCAUCGUUUACAGAACAGCUGGAUGCGACAUUGAGAACUUCAGAGAUAAAUUCGAGAUAAUUCAUGGUUGGUCGCCUCUUUUGAUGUCAACUGCUAAAUGUUUCACUCGUUUAAUAAUCAGUAACAUUACUGAUCCUGUUUGCAUUCCAAUUAUUCGGAGCUUGACUGUUAAUGCGGGAGUUAAUGUUCAACUGUACACCAGUACUCCGACGAAGCCGGUUAUUCAAGAAAAUGAGAAUUGCAUUGUAAGCCAGAGAAAAGUUGGAACUGAUGAUUGCCCUGAUGUUUCCACUGCUGUCGCAAAUGUUUUCUUGGCGGACAUGAAUAGUUUCAAUGAAACUGUUGAUUUAAGAAUCAACACUGAUGCAACUAUAUUCAACGAGCGAAUCGAUUCUAUUGUUAUGAAAGCUGGAUCAUCGAUCACAAUCAACAGAAUCAUUCAAACAUCUGGCGGUGCCACGUCGACAAUAGCAAACUCUUAA